CCGGCCCAUGCAUUCCGAAUUCACUAGCCAAGGGCGGUCCAUUUAUCUGAUCCAUAGAUCGGCUGUCAGAUUCAAGUCAGCCCAGUUCUCGCAUCAUCUCUCGUUGGUUUUAAGUUAGGUCUUUGGCACCCACCCCGUUCCAAUUGCCUUGCUCGACAUGCAAGCUGUUGGGAAAUGAUGUUUCUCUAUACGCUUGCAGCCACCGCGCUGUCAUUCUCUCUUAUAUCCGCGUCGGUGAUUCGAAGGAACGAGGCUCCGGUAUUCAACCAACAAUUCGCCGAUCCGUCGGUGAUUGAAGAGGCGGACGGCACAUGGUACGCUUUCGGGACGGCAGGUAACGGCAAACAUGUACAAGUCGCCAUAGGGGACUGUCUCUAUGGAGACUGGAAUCUCCUAAACGACACCGACGCGCUUCUCAGGCCUGCCGCCUGGACCACCGGACGCAAUACUUGGGCGCCUGAUGUGCGCCGGUUGGCGGACGGAUCCUAUGUUAUGUACUACAGCGGCGAGGUAGCUCAGGACCCUUCCCACCAUUGCAUCGGAACGGCUGUAUCGAACACGGUAUACGGCCCAUACGUUCCCGACGACGAGCCUUUCGCCUGCGAUCUCAGCGUCGGCGGUUCCAUUGACCCCUCCGGGUUUCAAGAUGCUGACGGCAGAAGAUACGUCCUAUACAAGAUCGACGGGAACAGUGUUGGACACGGCGGUAGCUGCGGCAAUACCGUGGAGCCGAUCGUGCCUACGCCGAUUAUGCUUCAAGAGGUCGAACAAGAUGGCGUAACAAAGAUUGGCGACGCAAUUCAGAUCUUUGACCGUACCGACGAAGACGGCCCGUUGGUAGAGGCACCGAGUGUGGUGCUCACUGCUGAAGGGAUGUACAUCCUGUUUUUCAGCAGCGGGUGCUACUUGGAGCCAACCUACAACGUCAACUACGCGACGGCAUCCAGCCUGACAGGCCCGUACGAGCGAGCCGACGACCCGAUGAUCAGGACGGGAGAGUACAACUUGCAAGCACCCGGCGGCGCCACUGCCGUAAAUGUCAGGAACCAGGUCGGUAUAGCUUACCAUGCGAAUUGCCCAGCAGGACGGUGUUUGCACACGUCGCCCACCAUAAUCAAGGGCCGACAGGUGAAAGUGGUGGUAUAGAGCACCGUCGGACGCCAUUAUGCGGAUUUGCAGAGGAUGAUGAAAGUUUGUAUUGGACCUGGGUGGCUCAACGAAUUCCGAGAUAUCCAUGGGCGAGUGUGAACAGCGUACGCUUAGAAAAUUGGGGAGCGAGGAGUUAG